AACAGUGAAAGCAGUGCAUGCAAUCUGAUCUGGAGCUCGAACGAACCGAAUGAAAAUUUCGUUGCAGACUGCAGUUUGCGGCAUAUAGUACCAAGUAAGUUGGUCACCACAGUAAGAACAUUUGAGAGAGUUUGUUCUUCUCAAGCGGCCGCCCGUGCAACGACUGCCGACGGGAGUCACCGGGACCGUUGUUGCAAAUCUCAAUACAGCCCUGCAGCCAUUGUGAAUGUGAGCGAGUCUCCAGCUAGCGAGCAUUGAAUCCUUGUCACUGCCGGCCUCCGCAUCGGUCGACCCUGCUUGGUGGUUGUGGGUCACUCGCUGGUCGCCAACCGUGUGGUGCAGACUAUCCUUGCCCGGCCCAAGGUGGCGAUUGGAUGCCGGUUGAGCGUAGCGCAGCGGUCUGUGUGUUUGGCAAUUUGUGGGCACACAAACACAUCCACAUUGUCAUUGUAGCUGCAACAGGGUAACCGUUGUCGUGGUGACUACAGCAAGAUGGCCGACGACGAGGUGCAGGCGCCUGCCAAUCUUCACUUCGACGACCUGAACAAGCUGCGCGUGGUGUCGUCGGAGGUCAGUGAAGAGACGGCGGCGCUGCGGGACGAGUGCCGUGACUUUGUAUCCAAGUUUGAAGCGUACCAGAACCUUGUAGGCAACUUCACUGGACUUAUGGGAAACCUCUCCAAAGAGGUUGAGGCUCAUAAGAUGAAGGCGAUUGGAGCACGUAACCUUCUCAAGACGGUACGCAAGCAACGUGAAACGCAGCAGCAGCAGCUGAGAGAGAAGAUUGCAGAGCUGAGCAUACAACUGGAACGAUACCGGAUUGAAGCUGAACAACUGCAACAACACGAGGAGGAGCAAGUGGACUUUGUGGCGCAGUUUGCAUCGAGCAAAGGUGUUUGAUGACAACCAACAUCGGAUCUAUGACCAACGGCGGGGAGAUGCCGUACACAAUGCAAUAUCAUGUGUUUGACGGCAAUGCCGUACAAAAUACAAUACCAUGUGUUUGAUGGCAAUGCCAUACAUGACAGUGUCAUGUGUUUGAUGACAAUGCCGUACUUGUACAUAAUACAAUACCAUGUGUUUGAUGGCAACCAGCGCUCAGCACCGGACAAUGCCGUGCACAGUGCUUCAGAACGAUACUAUAAACAUGCCCGCUUGAAACUACAAACGCUAUCAUCAUAGCUAUCGUGACGCACCAUUCAAGUUUGCUGUGCACAUUGUAUACUCAGUACUGCCUGCUUGCAUGCAGAGAAUGCUGCAGUGCGCGCUGCAGCAUUGCCGAUGCCACACGUUAGUUACAUGCGUUCCUACGCAGGCUGUAACCAUGGUAACCAUCACAUCAAUAACAUGUAGUACAGUAGUACAGUGAACAGUGCUGGGCAGAGUAGGCUGAGAUGAUUUCUUUUCAUGUUGUCAGCGUGUGUGUUUAUAUGCAAUACCCAGUAUUGUAGACAAUAUGUACAUAACUCUCCAGCCAUUUUCAACAAGACUUAAGUUAGUGGUGUGACACACACGCCUUUGGA